AUGCGGGAUAAAAUCGAGGACCCAUGUCAAGAGUGUCGAGAGCGCCAUCUGAAAUGCGAUGAUACUUUUCCACGGUGCAAACAAUGUGAGCGCUUGGGAGGCAAGUGCCGGAGGGCAAAGGGCAAGAUCAAGUUCCGUCACGGCUCCAGCGCCCGAUAUGAUGCCACUUUUUCCAAAGAUCAACCAUGGCUCGAGCAAACCAAGAACGCGAAAUUUCAAUUUGUCGACCAAGGACCAGAGCUGGAGAACUACUACUCCCAAGACGAUUCGCUAGUGUCGAAUGCCAAUUCUUCCGCCCCGGACCAAAAGCAGGAUGAGGUAUCACUUCGGCAGAAGCGAAUCGAGCCGCCCAGCAAUUCAGAGGGCCCUGCCAGCGUGCAAAGUGCACCAGCUGAAGACAGUAUCGGUAUAUCAUCUCCCUCCAACGGAAGCAACGAGACCGUGUUUGGCCAUUCACCCAUAAAAAGGAGGAGAACGGCCGACCCUGUCACCCAGCCAUAUCCUCAGACACGGGAAACAUGGCAAAGGAUUCCUUACGACCCCAUUCGGUCCCAGUAUCGGAUGUAUAAUUCCCCCGAGGUCUACAACCCCGCGAGCCCGGACGGGUUCUCAUAUAUGCCUACUGAACAGAAGUACGUGCCCAAAGUGGUGGAGGCCGAGUAUCGCCGGAUGGCCGAUUCUGCUGCAGCUGCCAUUCCUAAAGAAGAUCUGCUGUCUCCGAAAAUCUGGAAGGAAGAGUUCUACUGGCCGAACAAAUUCACCACGACUCAAUGUGCCUGUUUGAUGCGAUAUUACAUUGAUCAUCUCGCCUCCUGGUUUGACGUGGGCGAUCCAGCUCGUCAUUUCACCCUUUCGGUGCCUCAACGAGCACGACGAUGUCCACCACUACUGAACGCGAUCUUCACAGCAGCUUCACGACACCUGGCGUCGUUACCCCAGUACAGGACUGCUAACGGGGUUGUUAAGUAUCAAGAUAUCGCCCUCCCAAAUUUGACCGAAGACACUGCUGUUAAGUACCACAACGCCUGUCUUGCAUAUCUGAUCAAGUUGUCGGGUGAUCCAGAGCACGUUCGUGACGAGAACCUUUUGGCUGCAGCCGUGAUCCUACGAUAUUACGAGGAGAUUGAUACAUCGUUUACAGGACAAGAUAGCGAGACGUUUCUGCACACAUUUCAAGUGUUUGUCAAAGCGCAGGCAAACCCUUAUUCCUUCCUUUUGAAUGACGGGGAGAAUCCCGAAUACUUGAGACCUGGGUCUGCGACGGGCACCAUUCGAGCCAAUGCCAUUGCCUAUCUGAAGAGCUUUCAACACGCGGCAUUUCGAAUAGCCCUUCGACAAGAGACCACGACGGCCUUUCUCAAGCAGCGUUCCGUCCGUCUGCCGUUGGCGUCGUGGACUAUACUAUCAGGAUUCGACGAGGCCGAGGACUUCAUAUGGUCCGACCGACACCUCUAUCACUGUGCCAAUGUGUUGCAGUUUUGUUUUCCCAGCGAUGGCGGCGGUGGAUCCAGCCGAUCUCAAAGUGAACGAUGGACCGAGCUUCGCCAAUACCAAGCCCACUGGGACCAGGUGAAGCCUCUGUCGUUUUCUCCCAUCCACUACCAGGAGCCGGAUCGAUCCAAGGGAGAAUGUUUCCCUCAUAUCUGGUACAUGGCCGAAGUUCAUGUGACGGGCAUGAUGUUUCUCGAUCUCGCUCGGAUACUGUUGACCGUGUAUAAUCCCAAUAUACCUAGGAUUGGGCCCGGAGUCAUCACCGCUCAACGGCGGAUUGUGGAGGAAGUUCAUGAUAUCGUGAUCCGGAUCUGUGGCACGGCCAUGUCGUAUUCGUCUUCACAACCCAUCAUGGUGCAGGCAUAUAUGGCGAUCGCCGUCUGCGGCGAGUACUUUUCCGAUCCGGGCGAAAGGAAAGCUCUGCUGGGAAUUCUGGACAAAUUGAUGAAGGAGCAUGGCUGGCCGACGGGCAAGACUGCCAAAACAUUGAAACAGGAGUGGGGUUGGAGUUAG